UUUACACCUGGCGGGCAGGGCCUUUUGUUAAGUAAACUAUACGUAUAUAUAAUGCCCCUAGUUUACCACUCUAGUUACAUUUCAUAUGACACUACUAGAUAGUAGUAUUACAAUGAUAGCUGCUACAAAAUCAUAUUCUUCCAAGAACUUUUCAAGCCCCACCUACUCUUCCUAAUUCUCUCUCUCUCUCUCGCAUGAACGAAAAUUAAAGAGCUAAACCAGAAAGCACGGAAAUCAUGUUGAGAGAUCGGUUAAGAGGUGUUUGUUUCAGUUAUGUCGAUUUGCUGAACCUGACUAUACUUUGAUGCAUUGGCGAGCAAUAAUAAAAAAUGAAGCUGAUGUCAUUUUUGAGGUCAUCUCCUAGCAGCUCAAAGCGCUCCAAUUAUAGCCGGCACUUUGAUGACAUGCCGGAGGCAGAAACAUCAUCGGAGCAUGUUGGUGGUGCAGUGUUGCCGAUUUUCCUCAACAAUUUACAGAGAAACAACGAUCACGAAGACUUGGUUGAGGUCACCCUAGAACUGGAUGAUAAUUCCUUAGUUUUGUGUAGCGUAAAACCAAGUCCAGACCACAACAACACCAAAAUUUCUGCUGAAAAAGAAGAAAAUUCUCUCAGUGGACUUCUGUCAAGAUUCCCGUGGAUGAGAUCACCACAAAGGGAUGAUCAGAUGACGACUAAUUUAUCAACACGGGAGGAGAUGAAAUCAAGAUUGGAGCUGGUGAGGAAUAAAUCGAGUGCUCAGAGAGCGCUUGGAGGGUUGAGAUUCAUAAGUAAGACCACUAAAGCAUCUGAAACUAAGAAAGAUCUUUGGGGAAAAGUUGAGAGUCGCUUCAAUGCUUUGGCAAAGGAUGGUUUGCUCGCUAGAGAAGAUUUCGGUGAAUGCAUUGGAAUGGCAGAUACAAAAGAGUUUGCCGUGGGAGUAUUUGAUGCAUUGGUACGAAGACGACGACAAAACAUGGCAAAGAUAAGCAAAACAGAGCUACACGAAUUCUGGUUGCAGAUUUCUGACCAAAGCUUUCAUGCCAGACUUCAGAUUUUCUUUGACAUGGCUGAUAGCAAUGGAGAUGGAAGAAUCACGAAAGAAGAAGUUCAAGAGCUGAUAUCGCUGAGCGCUUCAGCAAAUAGUCUCACCAGAUUGAAGGAAAGUGCAGCAGAGUAUGCUUCUUUGAUAAUUGAGGAAUUAGACCCAGAAGGUCUUGGGUACAUUGAGUUAUGGCAGUUGGAAACACUUCUUCUACAAAGGGACAAUUACAUGAGCUACAGUAGGCCUUUAAGCACAACGAGUGUCAAUCGGAGUCCAAACUUAGGAACCAGCAAGGCCAACAUAAUAAAGAAAGCAAGCUCUGCCCUCAAAUGCCUUGUCUUAGAGAACUGGCAUAGAGGCUUUAUUCUGCUGCUAUGGUUGUUGGCUAUGAUUGGACUUUUCACUUGGAAAUUCAUGGAGUAUAGGCAAAUGGCAGCAUUUCAAGUAAUGGGUUACUGUUUAGCUACAGCUAAAGGGGCUGCAGAGACGCUCAAGUUUAACAUGGCACUAAUCCUUUUACCAGUUUGUCGAAACAUAUUAACUAGGUUACGUUCAACAAGAGCCAGGAUACUUAUUCCAUUUGAUGACAAUAUCAAUUUUCACAAGAUUAUUGCACAUGCCAUAGCUGUUGGCAUAAUACUUCAUGCAGCCAACCAUUUAGCAUGUGAUUUUCCCCAUCUGGUUAACUCAUCGCCAGAAAAAUUUGCACUCAUAGCUUCUGAUUUUGACAAGUUGAAGCCAAGUUACAGAAGUCUUUUGACUGGUGUUGAGGGCAUCACUGGUAUUUCUAUGGUAAUUUUAAUGACCAUAGCCUUCAUACUGGCAACACGACGCUUCAGGAGGAGCAUACUGAAGUUGCCACCUCCUCUGAACCGAUUGACAGGCUUUAACGCAUUUUGGUAUUCUCAUCACCUUCUGGCAUUGGUCUAUAUAUUGCUACUACUACAUGGAACAUUCCUAUUCUUUGUCCACAAAUGGUAUCAGAAAACGACAUGGAUGUACAUCUCCGUUCCCUUAAUCCUCUACAUUGCAGAGAGGAGUUUGAGAACAUGGCGUUCAGAAGACUAUGCAGUUAAGAUCUUGAAGGUUUCUGUACUUCCAGGAGAUGUCUUGAGCUUGAUCAUGUCAAAACCAGCUGGCUUCAAAUACAAGAGCGGGCAGUAUAUAUUCCUGCAGUGCCCAACAAUAUCCUCGUUUGAGUGGCAUCCAUUUUCUAUAACAUCAGCACCAGGAGAUGACUACCUCAGUGUUUACAUCCGGAUUGUAGGUGACUGGACAAAGGAACUUAAGAGGGUAUUCACAGAGGAUCAGAGUCCAGCAUGUGUAGUUGGCCGAGCAAAGUUUGAAGAACAUGAAAAUGUUGAUCAAAGAGGUUUACCUCGAUUGCUAGUUGAUGGACCAUAUGGUGCUCCAGCACAGGACUAUCAAAAUUAUGAUAUCUUGCUUCUUGUAGGACUUGGUAUUGGAGCUACACCUUUUAUAAGUAUCCUAAAGGAUCUAUUGAACAAUACAAGAGCACAUGAAAACGUGGAUUCGAAUACUGAGACCAGUGCAUCAGAUGAUAGCUGGACAAGUUUUGUUUCUUCAAGCACAGCAUCAAGUGUAAACAAGAAAUCACAAAGGACAAGAAUUGCACAUUUUUAUUGGGUUACCAGAGAACCUGGAUCCUUAGAGUGGUUCAAAGGAGUGAUGAAUGAAGUUGCAGAGAUGGAUCACAAGGGUCAGGUAGAGAUGCAUAAUUAUCUCACGAGUGUUUACGAAGAGGGUGAUGCCAGAUCAGCUCUCAUCACCCUGGUCCAGGCACUUAAUCAUGCAAAACAUGGCGUUGACAUCCUGUCUGGCACUAGGGUAAGGACACAUUUUGCGCGGCCCAAAUGGAUUGAAGUUUUCAAGAGAAUAGCUAUGAAACAUCCCUAUUCAACAGUAGGAGUCUUCUUCUGCGGGAUGCCUGCCUUGGCAAAGGAGUUGAAGAAGUUAUCACAAGAAUUAACUUCCAAGACAUCCACGCGUUUCGAAUUCCACAAGGAGUACUUCUGAUAUUAGAAUUUUCACUUAUGAGCCAAGUGGUGUUUUUCCCUUUCCAUUUUGUAAUUAUUUAUGUGAUGCAUGUACAUGUAUACAUCGAUUCAGAAAUGUAAAUGCAUGUAUCAUACAAGAUACAAUGCCGAAAGAGAGUUUUCUCAAUAGAAAAUUGUAAAUGUUCAUUAAAGCAAUCAUUUAACAGAAAUACAUAAGAGCAAUAUUAUUG